AAAACGUCCACGGCGUGCUGGCCGAUAUAAAUGCAAACGGGUGCGGAGAUUCGCGCGGUACCGACGCUGUUUAUUCGAUGUUAAAGUUUUCCUCGGAGAAUCUGCGAGUCCUUAAAGAGGAGACGUAAGGAAAGUAGAAAGAGAAACCGCUCGAGGCCGAAGAACAGAACGCUACGAGAAUUAAAACUCCGAAGAGGACGUAAGUGAUGAGCCCACUGAACAAGGGUCCGGUUUUGGGCUCGGGGAUGCCCAUGGGGGCCAUGCGACUCCCAUAUCCACGAUUUGGCGCGAGACCCCCGCCUCCAGGAAUACACCCGAGAAUGCCGCCACACGUCGCGGUGACGUUCGGCCCACCAAGCAUGAGAAUGUCUCCCCCGAGGCCUGGUGGCCCUUCGUGGUCUGGUGGCCCUCCGAGGCCUGGUGGCCCUCCGUGGUCUGGUGGCCCUCCGAGGCCUGGAGGUCCACCUCCUCCGUUCAGGGCCAGAAGCCGUGGCAUCCCUCCACUGGUUCCACCGAUGAUGGACGUCAGGCCGAUGGGCCCACGGGGAGUGCUCGUCAGGCCGAUCAGGCCUGGCAUGAGGGCCAUGGUCGUUCCCCCGCAUAAUCUCCCCAGGGCGAGGCCAAGGUUCCCUCCGGCCAAUGCUAGUCCCAAAGCCAAGAAUGCCAACAAGGCAGCGAUCGUGAACAAGCUCAAGGACCUGGAACUGAAGAAGCCCUGGAUGACCGAUGAGAUACGAAAUGAGAUCCAGAAGAAGAAUAAACUCUAUGCCAAGGCCAAAAAGAACAAGGAUGCUAAAGAGUGGGAGGAAUUCAAAGAUUUGCGCAAUAAAGUGACGAGGAUGAUAAGGGAUGCAAAGAAUGAGUAUCUCGCAAAACACCCUGAACAGGCUAACCAGUAUCAGGAUGACGAGAAUACGUAUUACUCGGAGGAAGACAUGGACAGUGCCUCCGAAGAGGAAACCCCUCUAUACUGUGAGGUCUGCGAUCGAGACUUUCCUACACAGAAUUUAUUGGAACGGCACAAAUCAACACACAAGAUCUGUGGAAUCGAUGGCUGCACAUUUUCUGCUCACCCUAAAUUAGUGGAAAAGCAUAUAACAAUGCAACAUUGUACGGGACUCUACGAUAAAAUCAAGCACUUGAAUACACCGGAGGAUAUUGAAAAAUGGAUCGCCGAAAGAAAAAGGAAAUAUCCCACUACAGCUAAUAUAGAAUUAACAAAGAGUGCACAAGCCGAGAAGGUACAGCGAGGGGAGGUUGUGGAACGGAACAGCUCGAUGAAGCGACAGAGGCUAAGAAAAGGUUUUAAUAAAAAUAAGAAGAAAAGUAAUCCAAGGACAGAGAAAAGUAUUCAGAGUGACGAACCAAAUGAAGCAGUUCAACUUUAUAGGGGUUUGCAAGAAUUCGCAGGAACUACUAGUUUAGCUGAACUUGAGGAAGUCAAUAUAAGCGAAGGUCCUCCACCAGUUGAGGAGGAAACAAGAGUUGUAAGCAAUGAGGAUAGUAUAAACGAUACACACAAGGACAUGAUCUCUGACGAGGAAGAAGAAUCGAGUAAACCUGUUGAACCUGUUGCUAGUAAAAACAAAAAUAUUUCCUUUCUACCGAGUUUGGUGGCAGAUUAUGGAAGUGACUCGGAAGAGGAUCAACCAGAAGAGAUACCCAUUGAGAGAGAGAAACCAGAAGAGAUGUCCAUCGAAAGGGUGAAACCAGAAGAGAAGCCCAUCGAGAGGAUAAAACCAGAAGAAAUAAGUGUCAAGACUGACACGUGUAAAGAGAAUAAAUCACCGAGUCCUGAGAAAACCUCUAAUAACAAGAUUGAUGAAGAGAGCGGUAAGACAGGGAAACGUUUGCCAUAUGGAAAGAAAAGGGGAAGAGAAUUGGAUCGGAACACCCUAGAAAAUAAGUCUGAUCAUAAUUUGAAGAAGAGAAACAUAAAGGGCAACUAUUCCCAUCUACUGAGGAGUUUGCUAUCCCGUUCGAUACAACACGAGAGGAAUCAGAUUUAUCAGUGUAUAAAAUACAUUGCAGACAAUAACUUCUUCGACUGACUCCCUAAAAGAAGCUAUCGAAGCACCAUGUAAUAUAAUGCCAUUAUUAUUAAACGUAGCAAAGAACAA